UUCUUCGGGUGCUACCUCCUCGCGUCGCUGAACCCCGCGAUGAAGGGCCGGUCCUACGUCGGGUUCACGGUGAACCCGCCGCGAAGGAUCCGGCAGCACAACGGCGCGCUGAGCGCGGGCGCGAAGAAGACGAGGAAGCUCCGACCGUGCGAGAUGCUCGUCGUCGUGCACGGGUUCCUCAGCGACGUCCAGGCGCUGCAGUUCGAGUGGGCGUGGCAGAACCCGAGGACGAGCGCCAAGGUGCGCGCGACGGCGACGCGGCUGAAGAUCUCCGAUCGGUCCUCCUCGCCCGCGAACAAGAUUAAGUUGUUGAUGGGGAUGCUGCACCUCUCGCCGUGGCGGCACCUGCCGCUGACCGUGCACUGGCUCUCGCCGGAGCACCGCGCGAUGGCGGAGAAGACGUGCGAGCGACCGCCGGGGCACGUCAAGAUGGAGAGCGGG